AACAACCAGCUGAAAUGGCGUAGACCCUGUCCACGAGGCACAGUCAACUUCUAGACGCGGACUCUUGUUUUUGAUUUGCUUCUUCCUUAUAUAUUCCCAAGCACCUAGUAUAGUGUUGUACACAAAGUAAGGUCCCAAUAAAUGCUGACGCUAAAUGGGGUCUCCCAUCAGGGGUGAAGGACAAUCCCCGAUCCUGUAACUUCAGAACCAAGAACCUAUGCAGAAGAAUUGAGUCGGGAUUGCACGCUGCCACUCUGCACAAGUUGCAGGAUGGCUAUGACAGACUUGCUCAGCGCCGAUGACAUCAAGAAGGCUGUGGGGGCCUUUUCAGCCGCCGAAUCCUUCAAUCACAAGAAGUUUUUCGAGCUGGUGGGAUUGAAGAAAAAGAGCAAAGAUGAGGUGCAGAAGGUGUUUCACAUCCUGGAUAAAGACAAGAGCGGCUUCAUUGAGGAGGAUGAACUGAAAUUCGUCCUGAAGGGCUUUAUCGAGGAUGGCAGAGACCUGUCCGAUAAAGAAACCAAGACACUCCUGGCUGCUGGAGAUAAGGAUGGGGAUGGCAAAAUUGGUGUCGAAGAAUUCACAACCCUGGUGGCUGAAUCAUAAAAAGGCUCUGACCAACCCAGACCCUCCACCUGCCUCUCUAUGCCUAAUUCCAACCAUCUCCCGCUGACCGCCUUGGUUUCUGUUCUAUUUAUUUAUGUUAUUUUUUACUCCGACCCUAUUCCCUGCAGCCCUGUAACUCUAUCCUCAUUCUGGAAGAUGUCGUUACAAUAAUAAAGGUCACCACAACCUGGAUCUGCA